AUGCCGUUCGUUCCGAUCGCCAGUCGCAAACCCCACACUCUGCUGCUGGAUCAUGAGAAGGCGCGCAUGCGCACGGAGAUGCGAAUCAAGGACCAGGCCAUCGUGGCGGAGCACUUCGGUUUAGCCCCCAGCAAUUCUGGAUACCGCUUCGGGAAUCAUCCUCUCACCAGAGGUCCUGUGAGGGGCCCAGAUGUGCCUUUCCAGGGUGCAACGGCUCCAUGGAAGCCGUCGGACCAGGAACCCGAGGGACCGAUGGCACAGUUGGAGUCGAAACAGGCGAAAGUUGGUGCCUACUGGGAUGGCGCGCACCAGAAGCUCGCCUCCAUCCGCAAGGUGCACUCCUCCCCGGCACUGCAGCAGUCGGCCGCCGAGGUCAUGCAGGCGUGCCAUCCACUCUCCACAGAGCUGAACCGAUGGAAGAAGCUCGCCGAUGUCACAGAGAGAGGCGAGGUGAACAAGGAGCUCCAGGAAACACUGGCACAGACGCGAACGAAGUGCCAAGCUGGCACUCGGCCCAAACCAGUUUGGGCUGGUGGAUUAGUCAACUUCCCGAAGUACAUGCUCAUCAACAACUGCCACUUGAAGCAGAUGGACUUGCAGCGCUUUGCGGACAAGCAUGCUGCGCCAGAGGAGAGUGAGGGUGGAGGAAGCAAUGCGGACAUUGACACCAGCCCAUUGGGCGAGGGCAGCGUCAGGUUCCAGGAGCCCUCCUGGGGAGCGCCGCUGCUCAAAAACAAGGACUCUGGUGUGCCCUUCGCAGGCAGUGCUAUGCCAUCCGGUCGAGCCUGUCGAACUUCCAACAACUUUCGCAUGGGAUGA